UCUAAGUGGUGAGGAGUGGAACCGUCGCCCGGUUGUGCACCUGACACCAUGGUUGACACACGUGGUGGGAAGAGUACUACCCCUUACACCCAGGCUUAGGAGGAGCAAUCCGCCGCCAUCCUGAGAGAGAGAAGGGAGAAAAAGGAGAAGAAGGAGCUCCUCAAGCAAGCGAAGAUGAAGGCGAUAGCUGAAGAGCAAGCGACGAAGAAGAAAAAGUUGGAGGAGACGUUAAGAUUACAGCAGGAGGAAGAGAAAAAAAGAUCUGCCGAAGAAGCAGCAGCAGCAGAGGAGGAGGAAGUAGACGACGAACCCCUCGAAAGGAGGCGUGGGGGAAAAAGAGGAGAAACAAGUGGCAUGCAGGCAGAGGAUAAGUGGACGGAAAAGAAGAUCGGUGAGUGGGUGGCUAACUUAUCGCUGGGAGAAGAUGAGGCAAUGUUGUACGUGCCUCAGGAGGAGAAAGAAGCAUUCGCCAAGGAGCUGGAAGCUAAGGAGGACCCCCUGGAACGCCAGACGAUGGAAGACGAGAAGAGAUUGGAGUGGAAGUUGCGUCUGGCAAGGGAAAAGAAGAGGAGGAAGGAGGAGGCCAACCGGAUGGCCAAAGAAGUGGAGAAGAUUCAAACAUCGAUGGAUGAAGUCAUUGAGCAGUAUGACUUCGAGCCCCAAUACCUCAAAGGUGAGUACAACAGAGUUGCUGAUGCGUUGUCGCCUAGGCCAGAAUUCUCCGGUGCGUUGAUCACUGAGUUUGGGCUUGCGGACGAUGUCACUCGCUCUUUGGUGGAAGCCUAUCGCGAGGACCAUUUCAUGUCUGAAAUCAUACGCAGACUCGAGGCGAAGGACAAGGGGACUUUUGUCGAGUUUGAGUUGGUCAACGGCUUGUUGUUCCUUGAGAAGGCCAGGAAUAAACAGUUGUGUGUUCCUAAUAGAGAGUCUUUGCAUAGUUUAGUUUUAGGCGAGAGUCGCGAUGCCACUGGACAUUUUGGUUUCAAGAAGACUGCAGCCAAUCUGUUGCAGCGUUUUUGGUGGCCCUCGAUGAUGAGAGAUGCCAAACUGUAUGUUGAGACUUGUCAAGUUUGUCAACGUGACAAGCCUCGGAUACAGGCUCCUCUUGGGCUGCUCAAGCCCCUUCCCGAAAGGCAUGGUGAAAGCCUGUCCAUGGACUUCAUGGAUACGCUGGUCACCAACAAGAGUGGCAUGAGGUACAUAUACGUCAUCGUGGACAAAUUUAGUAAGUAUGCUAGACUAGUGGCCAUGUCGAAAACAGCACAGACCGAGUACGUAAUGAAGCUACUUAAGGAAAACUGGGUCAGAGACUUUGGCUUGCCGAAGUCUAUAAUCAGCGACAAGGACGUCCGAUUCACCAGUGAACUGUGGAAGGCCGCAACUGCCGAACAAGGAACGCAACUGCAAACGAUAUCUGGAAAUCAUCCAGAGGCAAAUGGACAGGCAAAGCAAAUGAAUUGCAUUGUUCAACACUUGCUAAGGCACUACAUUAAGCCUAAUCAAGUGGACUGGGACGAGAAGCUUGCUCUCAUCACUAGUUUGUACAACAACGCAGCUCAUAGUGCCACGGGACGCUCACAUGCGAGCUGGAAGGAGCAGGCAGCCAUAGUCGAGUUGCGCUGCUGUAUGCUGGAUGGGGCUCAUGGUGGUCCUUGCAUGCAUGUGGCAUCUGUGAGUUGGGAAACGAGGUUGACACCGGGGCACUGCCACGACGCAGUGCCAAGAUCCAAGUUCGCAACCGUUCUGUGGUACCUCCACGGCCGAAGUAUCAGCAACAGCGACAGCAAGCGGACGACUCCAGCGGCAUCAAGUACAGCUACGGCAAAACCAGUUACCACCGGGGUUGUUCCCGCAUGUCCGGUCCAAGGGGCCAGUGAGCCGUUGUCGGCUUACCUUCAGCGGGUACAGGCAUUUACGGAUGUCGUAGCUACUGCAAAGGCACAGCAGGAGGCAGCAGAGGCGGAACGUCAUCGGCUGGCCAAUGAGGUGGCAGCCCAAGCUCAGCGGACUGCUGAGGUUGACAUCAUAGUGCGAGACAAACGGAACGCCAUCAACAUGGAGUCCUUGUCUCAGAAUGAGAGUCGCUGGAUGACACUGCACCAAGGCAUGCUUUUUGUGCCUUCGGAUACGCAGGCGGAUACGCAGGCGGAUCCGACACUGACGGAGGAAGAAAUGAGUAACCUGGCAGACCUGAUGUUGAACGUGAUGCGGGCGGUAAUGUGGACCAAUACGAUGUUAACUGUGCAGAUACACGAGGGCAGACAGCUGCGACAUACUCAGCAGAAAGAUGCUGCAGCCUUAACAGUCGCUGUUCGCGCUGCCGCCACACAUCAGCAACAACAGCAACAGUUGUUGAGCACCACCACCGCACGCGUCAACAGCAUCGAGGCUAAGGCCUCAGCAGCGCCAAGCUGCACGACUGACACGGCGGAACAACUCAACGAGCACAUCGACCAUGUCGUCAGUUCAAUCGGCGAACUAAGUGAUUUCACCAGUCCGGCUACAAUCAGCUGCACGGUGGCCGCCAUAAAGACGGACAUCACCAAGCUGCAGUCGCAACCGGCCGCAGCUGCGAAGGUAUACAAGAUGCCACACUUCAACAUCGGCAAGUUCGAGGACUACAACAAGACCGACGCUUUGACCUGGUGGCAAGCCUUCCUCACGGAAGCGUCCCGCCACAAGGUCCCUGCCGAAGACAUGAUGAAGGCAAUAUACCUCCAACUCAUUGGAGGUGAACAAGCGUGGAUGAACCACCUCGCAGUCAACAAGAAGACCACUAUCGUCGAGCUACACAAACACCUCACGUGGGAGGAGUUUGAACAGUUGUGGUUCACUCCAUUCGUGGUCCGCAACGUUGUGAAGGCGGCCCAUGAACGAGAUCUACACAUGCUCACAAGGAAGCAUGCCAACUCGAGACUGGACAAUCAAGUGGCAAAGAUAUUAGGCGGCGCCACAUACUUCUCGAAGUUGGACUUGAAGUCGAGUUACCACCAGAUCGAAAUCCAGCCUCAAGAUCGGUACAAAACCGCGUUCAAGACGCGAUACGGGCAUUUCCAGUGCGUUGUCAUGCCAUUUGGCCUCACCAAUGCCCCCGCGACUUUCCAAGCAGCAAUGACGACUGAGUUUCGUGACGUGCUCGAUUGCAGCGUCCUCAUCUACCUCAAUGACAUCUUGGUUUAUAGUAGGACGUUGGACGAGCAUAUCGUACACCUUCGCGUUAUUUUGGAACAUUUGCGUCUGGCCAAGUACAAAGCGAACCUCGACAAGUGCGAGUUCGCCAAGCAGGAGCUUGAGUACUUGGGUCACUAUGUCACGCCGAAAGGAAUUUGUCCCUUAGCGGACAAGAUCCAAGCCAUCGUGGAUUGGCCGGAACCCCUUGCACGACGGAUUGGCCGUUUCUCCCAAAAGGUGUCUCUCGUCAACACUCUAGACGACGCUAGGAAGAAAGAGUUACUUGCGUUCGUCACCGUUCUCAAACGGUGGCGCCACUUUCUUCUCGGUCAUCGGCGUUUUAAAUGGAAUACGGACAACAAUCCGUUGACCUUUUACAAAACGCAGGAUACGGUCACUAGCACAAUCGGUCGAUGGAUGUAUUACAUUGACCAAUUCGACUUUGACCCGUGCCACAUUCCCGGUCCCGCUAAUCGAGCUGCGGACGCCCUCUCACGACGGCCCGACUCUUUUGCCAUUGUGACCACGGCAUUCGACCUCGAUGAGGAUCUGCAGCCGCAUUUCGUCAAAGGGUACAAGUCCGAUCCGACUUACUCCACGCUUCACGCAAAGCUUUCAUCGGAUCACCCGCCGGCUAGCCAUUAUCGGAUUUUCGACGGGUUCCUUCUCCUUCACACGAGAGGAAAGGACUUGUUAGUUGUGCUCCAAGACCGCAUCUUACGGACUCGCCUUCUCGGCGAAUUCCAUGACGCACGGCUUUCGACACAUCUCGGCGUGAACCACACAUUAGCACGCCUCCGCCAGCGUUUUCACUGGCCCGACGUCCUUCAUGACGUCACAAGGUACAUUGAGUCAUGUGCAGUUUGCCACCGUAACAAGGGUCGAUCUCGAGUCCCCUUCGGCAAACUGAAACGGUUGCCGAUUCCUCGAGCACCGCACCUCUCCAUUGCUACGGACGUGACAGGCCCGUUUCCCCGCGAUCGCCACGGCCAUGACGGUAUUCUCACGGUCGUUGACCGUUUGAGCAAGUAUGCUCGCUUUCUUCCGUGCAAGUAUCAUGCUGCAGCACCUGAGCUCGCACGACUCUUGCACACCGGUCGGAUUACCAACCAGGGUGUUCCGGAAGACAUAGUGAGCGACCGAGAUACUCGCUUCAUGUCAGCCUUUUGGACUUCCCUUAUGGCUGAGUCCGACAUGACAAUGAAGCCGAGCUCGGCUCGACACCCGCAGACGGAUGGUCAGACGGAGCGAGCACACCAGACCGCUCAGAUAAUGUUGCGUACGCUCAUCCGUCCCGACGAGAAAGAUUGGGUUGACCCCCUUCCCGACAUUGAGUUCGCCUACAACACUUCGGUGCACCCGGCGAUUUGCGUCACACCAUUCGAGCUACAUCAUGGUGGAGAGAAAGCACGGAUCUUCGCUGAUCUCCUUCUGCCACAGGCCGCCGACAUAGACGUCCCUUGCUCUCCCGCUUCCGUUCCGAAGUACUGGGACUUGCUGAUCAAAGCCCGUGCGAAUAUGCAAAAGGCUCAAAUCCGCAUGCAACAGCAAGCUAACCGACGUCGACUUCCAUGUCCUUUCCGCGAGGGCGACCUUGUUUGGGUCCUCUCCGAGGAAUUUGCGCUCGAGCAGGAUGUUUCACGCAAACUCCUUCCGAAAUGGUUCGGACCAUGGGAAGUCACUUCUGCCGUUGGAGACGACCCCACAGGUCCUUCCUUUGUGGUCAACCUUCCUCCGCACCUUACAGUGCACCGGGUCUUCCACACGUUGAAGCUGGCCAUCUACACGCCACCUUCCGCCGACGAGUCUCCCGGCCGUCGAUCACAGGAUCCGCCUUCUAUGGACAGACAUCAGGAAGUGGACCGAGUCAUCACGCAUUGCAAGUAUGGCAAUAAGCCAAUGCAGUUCAAAGUCACAUUCAAGCAAUGUGCGCCUGACGACACUCGGUGGAUCUCUAGUGCAGAUUUGCAGACUUCUGCACCCCUUAUCUUCGCCGACUAUGAGAAGCGACGCCUUGCCAAGGAAGCAGCUCCAGCGAAGAAGAAGGCAGAGGAUGCCGAGCAGGCACGUCUGCUGGCAAUUGAACAACACCGCCAGCAUGACGAGGCAGCAGCAAGGGCUGCCGAUGAAGAAAGACACCAACGUCGUGAGAAAAUAUUUACCGAAGAGCAGGCGUUACUUACGAUGGCAGCGGAAUGGUGGACUGAGGCCGAGAAUAGCAAGUCGGAGGAUAGCGCAAACAAGAUAGCGCUCCUCCUCUCGCAUCUCACAGACCUGGCAACCUGCAUUACACAGCAGGAGGAGAUCCACGCUCUCGACAACUCGCUAGCUCAUGUCCAAGACCGCCUUCAGCGGUUGGAGCAGCGACCAGCCGCCGCCGCCGAUGCAAGCUCUUCCAAUACUUCUGACCGCCUCAACGCAUUGGCGAUGGACGUCAGCUCACUCAAGGAUGGCGUGCAAUUGCAGCAGACCGCGACACAACAGUUGCAACAGCGGAUCUGCACUACCGCCAACAUCUCGAGUUCUGAACCGCGCGAGACAGCUCCAAAGUACGACGGGCAGGAGAUCUUCUGCGACUCAAUGAAGACAGAUCAUACGCAUGUUGAGGACACCUUGACGACGACGGCGGAAUUGUUUGACGAGGCUGCGCAGAUCAUCAUUACGAACAAGGAGGCCAAGAACCUCCGUUCAUCUGCGUCAGGCCCAAGCAGGGACCAGCAUCGGCCAAGAGUGGUCAUGGUCGCAGCGGCAACACCGUUGGACCAAACCAGUGAGGUUGUGUCUGCCAGUGAAGGGGACAGACUCGCAGCCGCCCGGGAAGGUGGCCGCCCCGACAGAGGCCAAGGACGCGGCAAGACGAAGACACACACCGCAUCAAGCCCCGGGCCCGGUGCAGCAGCUCGGACAGGCCCAUGGUCCCAGUAUGGCAUCUCCGAGCAAGCAUUCAAAGCGCGAGAGAGAUUCCACUAUUGCUUUUGGUGCAACAGCGACCUUCAUCAGACGCAGGUUGGGCAAGCGUCCUGCAAUGCUUUGCUGGAUAGUGGCGCGUGUCGCAAUUUCAUGAGCCAGUCCUUUAUGCAAAAGGCUGGCCUUGGCGCACAAGUUCGGAGGAAGGCAAACCCCAUGGCGAUCAAGUUGGCGGAUGGAAAGACGCAACAACUUCUCGACAAUUACAUAGAGGCCGUACCGGUCUACUUCGCACCUCAUGCAUGCGAACCGGUGACAUUCGAUAUUCUCGACGCGGACUUCAACAUCAUUCUGGAAAUGCCGUGGCUUGCAAGUGCGGAUCACACGAUCAACUUCCACCGGCGGACUCUUAGCUUCGCCAACAUCUUCGAGUCACCUACCGGUGUGGUGCCGGAUCGGCCGAUCUCUCACGAGAUCAUUCUUGAGGCCGGUGCCGUGCCGCCGAAAGGUUGCAUCUAUCGGACGAGCGAGGAGGAACUCGAGAUCCUCCGCUCACAACUUGACGAUUUGUUGGCCAAGGGAUGGAUCCGCCCUAGCAGCUCCCCAUAUGGACGCAAGAAGGAGCUCCUCGCCUUCGUCCACGAGCUCAAGCGGUGGCGGCACUUCCUCCUUGGUCGAAGCCAAUUUCGCUGGGUAACGGACUAUAAAACCCAAGACACCGUCAAAAGCACCAUCGCUCGAUGGAUGGCUUUCAUCGACCAGUUCGACUUCAUUCUCGAUCACAUUCCCGGGAAGUCGAACCGUUUUGCGGAUGCUCUUUCACGGCGUCCGGAUCAUUGUACCGCGGUCUACUCAACCUUCGAGAUCGACGAUGACCUGCGGAACAGCUUCAUCCGCGGCUACCAAGCCGACCCCGAAUUUCACGACAAGUACGCAAAUUGCUCCUCUCCUAAUCCGGCUCCUUCUCACUACCAGAUCCAAGAGGGGUACUUGCUUGUCCACACGCGGGGAAAGGACCUUCUUUGCGUAUCGAGUGAUCCUCACUUGCGUACACAGCUUCUUGGCGAGUUCCACGAUGCUCCCGCCACCGGACACUUUGGAGUCAAUCGCACGAUUGGCCGACUUCGCCAGCAAUUUUGGUGGCCCGGCCUUCUAGGCGACACCACGCGUUUUUGCGAGUCAUCCGAGGUGUGCCGACGCUGCAAAUCUCGCAACCAUCGUCCGUACGGGGAGUUACGACCAUUACCGGUCCCAUUGAGGCGAAGGGAAGCGAUUGCCAUGGACAUUACCGGCCCAUUCCCCAAGCACAAGACCAGAGUGGAUGGGAUUCUUACGGUGGUCGACCGACUCACCAAGUUCGCCAUGUUUUUGCCUUGUCGCUAUCAUGCCAAGGCACCGGAGUUGGCCGAGGUUCUUUACGCCGGUUGGAUUCGAACCAAGGGUUACCCCAAGGAGAUCGUCUGCGACCGCGACACUCGGUUCAUGUCCGAUUUUUGGUUGGCGCUCAUCAAGCGAUGGGGCUCAUCUCUCAAGCCCAGUUCAGCUCGCCACCCUCAGACCCAUGGCCAGACGGAGAGGGGGCAUCAAACCGCACAGGUUCUUCUCACUCUCAUCAGCCCCGACCAGAAAGACUGGGUUGAGCGACUGCCGGACGUCGAGUUGGCCUACAACUCUUCCAUCCACCCGGCUAUUGGGAUAUCACCCUUCGAAUUCGAGCACGGCUCGCUGGUCACGUCACCGCUGGACACUAUUACUCCAGGCACGGUCGAGAGCGACGACCAUCUUCUUUUCUUGCGUCGGAUGCAAGAGCUGCUUAUAGAGAUGAUUGGCGGAGGCCAAGGAGACUUGUGGCGCCAUAGCUCCAACUUCGUCUUCGAUGUACCUGCAACAAGGCGCCACCUUCACAGUGUCACGUCAGCAGCAGUGCCACGUCAGCAGCUGUGCCACAUCAUCAGUGCUACGACAACAGCAGUGCUCCGUCAGCAGUGGCCUGCCAGCAGCAGUGCUACGACAACAGCAGUCCCUGUCAGCAGCAGUGUCACGUCAGCAGCAGUGCCACGUCAGCAGCAGUGCCACAUCAGCGGCAGUGCCUCGUCCGCAUCAGUGCCACAUCCGCAGGGCCACACCACCGUGACGAAUUCAUCAUUGGGCAUGACAGGCCAACUGGCCGGCGAGUCCAUUGACGAGUACCAUCAGCCGUUUCUAGCUCAGCUUGCACUGAUCGAGGCUGAGGUACAGCGCCAGGUGGCAGCCGAGGCAGCCCGCCUACAGGCUGAAGCAGAGGCAGCAGCUGAAAAGCAGCGGCUUCAGGCCGAAGCAGAUGCAGAUACCCAGGCGCGCCGCAAGGAGGCCCAGGAUCUGCUACAGCGGCACGAACCAGCUGAGGACAACGACGACACGACACCGGAAGAGCAGCACAAGGAGUUCCUCUCAAAACUCAUGACCCUGUUGGUUUACACUUGUAACCACCUGCAGUCCGAGUUAGGGAAACAACACUAGGAACUGGAGAAACAACACCAAGAACUGGUGAAACAGCACCAGGAAAUGGCAAAACAGCACCAGGAACUGGCCAAUCCCCGAUGGGCAGUGUUGAGGGUGCUACACGGGCACUUGAUUCCCAUGUACUGGAGAAAGCAGCACCAAGACCAAAUGUUGGGGAACCCAACAAUGCAGCCUCAACCCGCCAGUUAGAGCAACGAGUUGACCAUGUAGUCGCAAUGCUCGGCGACAUCAGCACCUUCGCCGCACCAGCCACCAUCAGUGAGCAACUUGGCACCUUGCAGACCGAACUCAGGCAGCUACACCAGCCACUCGAUAACGGUCGUAGCACCAGUGCUUCGAAGCACUACAAGAUGCCAACAUUCCGGAUCGAGAAAUUUGACGA